GAGAGAGAGAGAGAGGGGAGGAAGAAGAAGAAGAAAGUGAAGAGGAAAGGGAAGAAGGGCAAGUUUUAAACUUUUAACAGAAAAGAUGAUAGUAUCAGUGGUGUUGGGUGGUGUUGUAGGGUUGUUCAUAUAUCUCUAUAAUACUUUGAUUUUGAAUCCAAAAAGGCUUCAAUUAAGGCUUGGAAAGCAAGGGAUAAGAGGCCCUUCACCUUCAUUUCUAGUUGGAAAUAUUCCUCAAAUCAAGAGGAUACAAACCCAGAAAGCCCACUCAACAACUCCAAAACAUGUCCCGAUUGCUCAUGACUGGUAUUGCACUCUCUUCGCAUAUAUUGAACAGUGGAGAAAUCAAUACGGAGCAAUGUUCACAUAUUCAUCUGGAAACACACAACUGCUUUGCAUAACGGAUCCAGAGAUGGUGAAGCAGAUAAGCCUGUGCACAUCUUUGAAGCUAGGAAAGCCUGCUUAUAUGUUGAAGGAGAGGAAGCCUAUGUUUGGGGAGGGCAUCAUCUCAUCAAGUGGUCAUAUUUGGGCUUACCAAAAGAAAGUCAUUGCUCCUGAGCUAUACUUGGACAAGGUUAAGGGCAUGGUGGACUUAAUGGUGGUUUCCACAAGCUCAAUGCUAAGAUCCUGGGAGAGUCGAAUCGACAAAGAGGGAGGAAUUGCAGAGAUUAAAGUUGACGAGUACUUGAGAAACUCAACUGCGGAUGUAAUCUCAAGAGCUUGUUUCGGAAGCAGUUAUGACCAAGGAAAGGACAUUUUCUUAAAGCUUAGAACUCUUCAACAGGUCAUGUCCAAGGCGUUUCUAUAUUUUGGUGUUCCUGGCUUCAGACAUUUGCCCACCAAAACUAACAGAGAGACAUGGAGACUAGAGAAAGAGAUCGAUUCAAUGAUAUUAAGGAUAGUGAAGCAGCGAAUUAGGGCUGCAGAAGAGAAGGACCUUAUGCAAAUGAUACUCAAGGGCGCCAAGACUGGUGAUGGUGAGUAUGAUGGUGCGUCAUUGGGCAUAAGUCCUGAGAAGUUUAUGGUCGAUAAUUGCAAGAACAUAUACUUUGCUGGCCAUGAAACCACUGCAACAACCGCCGCAUGGGCCUUAAUGCUCUUAGCCACACAUCCAGAAUGGCAAACUCGCGCCCGCAACGAGGUGCUUGAAAUUUGCAAGGAUGGCGCCCUCCCUGAUGCUGAUAUGCUCCGAAGCAUGAAAACAUUGACUAUGGUGAUUCAAGAGACAUUGAGGCUAUAUCCGGUGGCAGCAUUUCUGGCAAGACAAGGCUCGGAAGACAUGCAGUUCAAAGACAUCAUAGUUCCAAAGAACGUAGUAAUUUGGAUCCCAGUUCCAUUCCUACACCAGAACCCUGAUGUCUGGGGGCCGGACGCCCACCUAUUCAACCCAGAAAGGUUUGCCAAUGGAAUCCUGGGGGCUUGCAAGAUACCGCAGGCGUAUAUGCACUUCGGGAUGGGGAUUCGCACUUGCGUCGGCCAGCAAUUCGCCAUGGUGGAGUUGAAGGUGAUCUUGUCCCUCAUUCUCUCCAAGUUUAGCUUCACUCUCUCGCCUGCAUACCGACAUUCUCCUGCCUUUAAGUUGACCAUUGAACCACAACAUGGGGUUAAUCUCAUUGUAAGGAAACUGUGAACAUUUCUAUGUAGAAAUGAAGUCCUUGGAGAAGAACACAGACAGAUCUAUGCUAAUAAAUUUGAGCUUGCUUUUCUAGCAGAAAGGGACUUGAUGAGUGAAUUUAUGAUUAAUUAAUGUUUGAUUGAAGGGUCAUGUUCAUGCUUGAUCUUUAUGCUAGUGUACAAAUGCUUGGCUUGUGGGUCAGCUUCUGGUUCACCCCAGCCCCACUCUAGGUUUGUAAAUCAGUACUAUGGCUAGAGCCCAACCCAUGUUGGUUGUUGGACUACAAAGCAAAAUGAAUUAAAUUUUGAAUGCAA